UCACCUUAGCCAAGAUUUUCCUACUAAUUAUUAUCAUAAAAAGGGAAAAUUAAAAAUCCAUGUACUUUCUGUUAACCUACUGUUCGUGUUUAGACAGUAAAACUAAUUACAAUAGUGUUGGAUGGGGUUUUAGUUCUGUUUGGUGCAGAUCUGAUACAUUGGUACAACGUUGUGUUGCUGUUGUGUUGAAUGAUUAUUGCGUUAAUCUCCAGUUUGAACUACAAGGAUUAUCAGACCAUCUAUCUGAUGAGACACUGGGAGAUUUUCUUCUCAUAGUCAUGUUUAACGUGACAUUGAAAUUUCUUUAUACAACAAAAGAGAAUCCAUUAAAGACGUAUGCCUCUCCCAACUAAACCACAUAACGCAUAUCCACAGAUACUCAUACUCACGGAUCUCAUAGAAGAUGAAAUGUUGGCGAUGAAGUUGUACAGCAAUUUUGUGAUAACAAUAUAUUUUUGUUUAUAGAUAAACAAAUUUUGACUACAGUAGACGUCCGUUAAUUCGAACACGCAAGGGACUAAAUUAUUUGUUCGAAUUUAACGAAUGUUCGGAUUAUCGGAAGUUCAGAAAAAAACAAGAAUUUUAAUAAACGCUUAAAGGUUUUAUGCUAAUAUAACUUUAUUACAACUUUACUACAACUUUUUUGAAAAAUCUUUUAACGUUGUUUGCUUGGCGAUGGGCAAGGCCUCCAAAUUCCUUAUGAACUUCAUUUUAUUGGAAAUGCCAAUUUAAUUGAUAAGUCGAAGGAAAUGUUGCCACCAUUGAUGCAAUAAAAAUGAAUAAAAAUUAAAACGUUUUUUUUUUUAUUUUCCCAUAAGAUUUUAUUUAUCGAUACACAAAAUUUCGAAUUAAAGAGCAUAAUGCAGCCUUGGGACUAAAAAAUUGUUUGAAUUCUCAAAAUAUAAGACUUUAUUAAACCAAACUUAAGGGACUUGGCAAUUUGUUCGAAAUAACGGAAAGUUCGAAUUAAGCGGCAUUCGAAUUAACGGACGCCUACUGUAGUUGGUUUUCCAGCUACAGUGGAUUCGCAAUCUCGCUCCCGUAUCUUCUUUUCCUCGUGGACUCUCCCUGUCUCGAACUCUCAAGGGGCUAGAAAAUUAAAUUAAGAUAGAAAAAGUUCAGGGUUCAAAAGGUGAGAAAACCUGGCAGAAGGUGAAAUUAUUUUUUUGGAAUAGGGAGAUGAUCGAGAUCUACUACAUUGAUUGAUUCGGGAAAACUAACAUAUUUCUAGCAAUCCUGAGAUCUUUUGAAAAGAAGAACCUAGAGUUGUUGCAUCGCAUCACAUCAAUUUUAUUAAAACAACUUUUUUACUUUCAUAAAAAUCUGCUUUGCUUUUAUACUGUGUUUUAUUAAUUUUAUGUCACGCAACUGUAUAUUCAAUUUGAAUUGAAAGACACGUUAUUCUCAUGUUUUAGCUAUAAAGCACGCAAUGUGUCAUGCUAUAUAUUAAAUUAACAUGACACGCGUGCUCUGGGAUCAAAUGUGGAUCAACACAAUAUUUUCUGUAAACAAGAGAUUCACUGCAAAACUUGUAUCAACACACUUUAAACAGAUUCACACAGUAUUUAACUGAAAUACACGUUGUUUUUUUAUAAGAAACAUGUUUAUAAGAAACCUACAUGUAGAAUCUUCAAAAAUUAAGAAACUUUUACUACUACAUUCUAUGUCUAUUUUCGUAAUGAUCCAAACAAGCGCCCUGGGCGCUUAUUAAAUUUUUGGAUAUUUUGCAUGGACGCUUAAUCGACAGGGGGGGCGCUUAAAAAAUGCUGGGCGCUUAUAAAUUUUUCCUAAUUUUGUACAAAUUAAAGACAACGGUAAUUUUCAAUUUUGUUUUCAACUUUAGAGUUAAAACAUAGAAAAAAAGGAUUGUAUAGGAAAUUCCCUAUUUAUGUAAUAUAGAAAAGGUGUUCAAAACAUAAAAUAUGUGUUUUAUUGUUCUCGAUAAAGAAAGUAAAAUUUUCAAAUAAGCGCCCAGUUUUCGAUUAAGCGCGCUUAUUCGAGGGGGCGCUUAAUAAGUACUGGGCGCUUAUUGAACUUUGAGGAAAUUACCUGGGCGCUUAUUUAAGGGGGGCGCUUAAAAAAUGCUGGUCGCUUAAUCGGAUCAUUACGGUAAGAAACUUUUUUCUAAUUCUUACAAUUAAUUAAAGAAGAUGUUACAAUCGUCACUAUCAUGUUGUUGAGAAACAAAAAAUGCUAUAUCUUUUAUUUUUAAACCAACUAGUCCAAAAAUUAAAGGAACUUUUAGAACUAGUUAUUUAUUUGAUAUAAGAAACCCUUAUUCAACUAGGAAAAUUAAGAAACUAAAGAAACUUUUGGAACUAAAAACAUGGAAUUUCAGCCUAUAAAUAAGAAACUUUUAGAACUAGGCCCUUCGCCAGGUUUCUUAUAAAAAGAAACGUGUAUAUCUCCCCAAAUCACAUCUGCAUUGCGACAAUGCUGUUGUCACAUUGCCGUUCAUAAGACAUGUAUGUAUAUAGGUAUAUUUCGCAUAAAAAAGGUAUAGUUACAAAUAUUUCCACAGACUUAUAUAAUAUACGUAACAUUAUAAUACAUAUUUACAUAUAUAAUAUACGUAACAUAUAAAUGCAAUACUACGGAUUAAUUGCAACUUUCCUUACUAAGCCAGGUGACUCGCAGAAGACAAAAGUAGUCUUAUCAUCGAGAACCUGUUAUUUCUUACGCAAAGCGUAGUUCCGCGGUGCCUGUUUGUGAGAAGGUAGCUAUUUACUAUUUAACGUUGCAAACAAAUUUAUUAACAACAAAUAUAUCCUAAUCAAUAUAGCUAUGUAUAAAUAACAAAAGUAUAAUGAAAUUAAAAAAAUGAGAAUGAAAUUAAAAUUAAAGAAAAAGAAUUCAAAUUAGAAGAAAGACGUUACGCUCUCAAAUUCAAACAAGACGUAUGAUAUACGCAAACAACCUCGCGGAUAAAGUUCACAAAAAGCUGUCUAUCUAAACGUGAUUUUUGUUACGAAGUUAGACACGAGAUAUUUUGCUAUUCAGAUAGGCGAUAUUUAUUACGCACUACGCAGUUAUUUUUCAAAAUUAAUUUGUGAGAUCUUUUUGAACGGAAAAUUUCUCGAAAAUUCGAUUUUCGAUGGGUCCGCCUUGGGUAAACUGAUCAACAGGAAAAAGAAAGACUCCAAACCCCACCUUAAAGUUGCUAAAUUCAGUAAUCCAGCAUCUUAUCUCUUUAAAAAAAAAAAAAAAAAAAAAUAGUUACCAAGAUGAGAUUCGAACACACGACUACUCCCGUGUCGGUGCUCAGAGAGGCAAAAAUUUCCAUUCUUGUAGGACACAUUUGCGUUUUAAUACAAGCUCACGAGCUUGUAACAAGAAGCCCGAUGGCUUGAAGAUUUCCGCCAUUAGCAUGGAUAAUAAGUAUAUAGUGCGAGACUAUCCUCAGAGAAAAAAAACGCCAUGCCUGUUAUCUGCAAUGCAAUCAAAGUUUAACAAGUUUAAAAACAAAAAGAAAACAAUAAAGUAAACCCGGCGUAAAUAUUUGUCGUUCUGAGGACGAAAUUGAUUUGAAGUAGCCCUUCUAGAAGAUUCCGUAAACAUCAUGUUAGAGAAAGUCUAAGCCUGACUGCGUCAUGAUCACUGAAAUAUACAUUUUUGACGAGCGUCUCGAAUUCAAAGGUGUUUAGAACAUUCUCAUGGACAUAGAUGUGGUCAAUAAGUGAACCGGAUAUAUGAGUUGAAGAGGUUACAACCUGUUUAUAUUCAUUGAGAAAAUCAAGGAAAUAGUUUUCGUCACUAAAUGCAUUUACAUUAAAAUCUCCGAGUACAACAUCAACGAUUUCGUUUCCCAAAAAAUGCUGGAUAAGGUAUAAUGACUUAUCUCGAUUAAGAGAAUUUUUACGAUAUAGAAGUAGAAAACUAACAGCAUUCUUUUGAAACGUUUUCUUCGUCAUUUUAAAAAAUAUUGCACCUGGAAUUUUUACAAUAUCAGACAAUGCUAUAGUUUUAUUAUGACCAACUAAAAGACUAGAAAACCUAUCCACAUUGUUGUUUGGAAUUAAAGUAAAGUAUGAAUUUAAUGGUAUCUGAGUUUCUGUUAGGCAUAAUAAAUCACUAUCCAUGAGAACGCGAUCGGACUUAGUAUCAUUAUUUAUGUUUGU